CUAACAACGUGCUAGCGUCUACAAACCUGUUGUACAAUUCUAAAACGUUUAAUUAAAUAAAGUCUUAAUAAUGGCUAAAACAAAAAAAAAUAUACGUGCCAAGGCUAAAACAGCUGUGGGCGCAGCCAAGCAAAAGACGCAAGAUGUGCAGGCAAAGCUGAGAAAAUCAGAGCGUCAAGAGCAAUUGCUGCACAAGACGUUGACGCCAAAGAAGACAACAACAAAGAGGGAAAAGUCAGAGGCGAAGCACAAAAAGCUAAUUAAACGCUUUGUAGAAAUGAAAAAAGAGCGCAAAGAGGAGAACGCGCGUAAGAAUCGAGAGAAAGCGAAGGUGAUUGGCGACUUAAAGCCAUUAAGAGAUGCGCUGCCUUCGCUACAGGGAAUUUACAACCUCGUCAAGACUCAAAAGAAGAAUGAAGAAGAGCAGGCAGCACUGGCAGUGCCUGAGAAACUGAGCACCAAAGCAAAGAUAAAGAAAAAGCGUGAGGAGUAUGUUAAGAAAGUGCAGUCCUUUGAGAAACUCAUUAAAGAUAAGAACUUUAAGAAGAAUCCUCGGGAAGUAAUUGCAAAUCACAUGAGCAACAAAUACCAGACUAUGGAAGAGGAUGAAGACUAACAAAAAGAAAACACCAGAAGACUGUCUUUUGUUUGCACUUUCAUUUUUAUUUAUUAAGAAUUAUCAUUAAUACAUAUGUUUAUGUAUAGCUGUAUCAUUUAACGAUGCAUAUAAAUAUUAGACAUAAGAAUGUAAAUUUAGGAUAACAGAAAAAUAAGAGAAAUUUGCAUACAAAAAAAGUUGAUAUUUUCUUCAAGUGGAGUUUUGCUAUUUCUAGGCAACAAAGCAAAUGGAGAAUUGUAAUUUGUAUUCGCUAUUAUAUCAUAGCCUUUUGCUUGUUAUUUAUAUGUAUACAUUAACAUUUGUAGUUUAGUAUCAGCUUGGUGUUAUUUUUCUUACAGUGUAUUCUUGUGCAUAGUUCAUGUUUCAGAUCUAUGCCACCUCUUUGUAGUUAAAGUUACGGCUCGAUUUCUGAGUUUUUAGCAAAGCACAAAAGCUUGGUUUUAAUUGUUAUUACACAGUGAGAUCAUUUAAAUAUAUGUAUGUAUGCAUUCGUUAUUAUUUUUUUAGUCACACUACUUGAAAAUUCUCCAAAUUGCACUAACAGCUUGAGUUGGCUUAGUUUUAUUAAAUCGAUAGUAUCGAUUGCACAGAACAAAAUUCAUAAGCUUAGAGUUAUAAAAACAAAACACAAAGGCUUUAGUAAAUGUUUUUCAAAGAAAAUCUAUUGGCAUUAUAGUUAAUGGGAGUUUAUUCAUUUAGGAAAGGAACAAACGAUACUACUGAUCGAUGCCAUCGAUGGUUUUCCAGCUAUACUAACAGCAAAGUUUAAACAUAAUUGUUGCUAAACAGUUAUUGAAAAAUUAAUGCUUUACAAAUGGCAUUUUACAUUUAGUUUAUGGCUUUGCUGAGAAUUUUUAAAGUUACAACUUAAAUGGGGGUGCCGUUGUCUUAAACUUUAGUUAAAUAUACGUUUUCUUUGUAAAUCGGAAACAAAGUGUUUGUCUUGCCAGCAAUAUAAAGCUUAAAACUCGACUAAACUUAGGUUUAAAGUACAACCUAACGCGUUACAAAUGUUUUGAAUCAGUUUUACAUAUAGUUUUAAAUUUAAAUGUGUAUGUUUUG